CUGCAAUGUCUGUGCAAUCAAUUGACAACACUUUGACAAUACUUUGAUCCAAACGUUUGAUAUCUGUUUUUAUCACCACUUCUUAACAUUUAUUAGUGAUUUGUUUGAUUUUUUUUUCAAAAAACAUCUUAAUUUUUGCCAUUAUUUUUGGUAUUGAUUUAAUUAAAUAACAAAUGAUCCAAAUUGAUGGCCAAUACUUCAGUCGAUAAGAUAUCGCUUUUGUUGAAUCAGUAGUUGUGAUGACCCGUGAAGUGUAAUGUCUAUCAAUUGGUUAUAAUUACCAAUGAGUUGAUAUCAAUAUCUGUUUUUGUCUAAUAAUCGUAAUGAAUGUCAAUCAAAAUAAAUCCGUUAAUAACGUGAUUAACUCGUCAUCGAUGGACGCGACCAAUGGUACCGAAGAGCAGCAGUCGAGCAGUCACUCAAAUCUUAGUCCAAUGUCUGUGACUGACUCUUCUCCCUCUUCUUCAUCACAUCUCUACUAUGUUUCGGACAGCGAUGUCCUUAAUUCUUCACAACCCGUAAAUCAGGCGCUGAAUCGGGAGUCAAGUAAUUUCCGACGCGAUAUAGAGAUGCCAUACAACGCACCGACCACUUCAAUGUCCAUAAGCCCGUCAUCCAAUGCAGUGGCAGCCCUUAAUUUAGGUGCUAAUCAGGCCACCAAUCAGGUCCUCUUCAAUUGGCAGGCGAGUAAACCUACUAUUAAGGAGAGGAUGUCAUCAAUCUUUAAUCGGGAAGUGUUGGCCGACGUGCACUUUAUUGUUGGUAAAGGACAACAACAAUUACGAACACCGGCUCACAAGUUUGUCUUAUCUAUUGGAAGUGCUGUAUUUGAUGCCAUGUUUAAUGGAGCCAUGGCKGCCAAAACUGAAGAGAUUGAUUUGCCAGAUGUAGAACCGGCAGCUUUUCUGGCAUUACUUCGCUUCUUAUAUACAGAUGAAGUACAGAUUGGACCCGAAACAGUCAUGACUACAUUAUAUACGGCUAAGAAAUAUGCGGUUCCGGCGCUUGAAAAAGAAUGCGUCGAUUUUCUUAAAUCUAAUCUUUCAUCAGACAAUGCAUUUAUGCUAUUAACUCAGGCGCGACUUUUUGAUGAAACUCAGUUGGCGGCCAUGUGUUUGGAAACAAUCGAUAAACACACUGUAGAAGCGUUAGCUGCCGAAGGCUUUCUUGACAUUGAUUUCGACACAUUAACUACUGUUCUUGAGAGAGACACUCUCAGAAUCCGUGAAGUGGUUUUGUUUAAUGCUGUGGUUCGUUGGGCUGAACAGGAGUGUCACCGACAAAAUAGUGCUAAUAAUCCGGACAAUCAGCGAAAAACACUAUCACGAGCUCUAUAUUUAAUACGAUUCCCUUUGAUGACAGUCGAGGAAUUUGCUGUAGAAGUGGCGCAAUCGGGAAUUCUUACCGAUCGCGAAGUUGUCUCAUUGUUUCUUUACUUUACGGUCAACCCUAAGCCAACAGUCCCUUUUCCAGAUGUUCCUCGUUGUUGUAUAACAGGUAAAGAACAUGUUGUAACCCGAUUUCAACGCACAGAAAGUCGUUGGGGUUAUAGUGGAACCAGUGAUCGGAUUCGCUUUCAAGUGGAUCGAAGAAUUUUUGUCAUCGGGUUUGGUCUUUACGGUUCAAUACAUGGACCUUCUGAUUAUGACGUGACCAUUCAGAUUAUACAUACCGGUUCAGGUAAGGUAUUGGCCUCUAAUGACACAACAUUUAGUUGUGAUGGAACUGCAAAUACAUUUCGAGUGAUGUUCAAAACCCCGGUUGAAAUUAAUCCAAAUACCAACUAUACGGCCGCCGCAACUCUGAAAGGUUCGGACUCUCAUUACGGAACAAAUGGCAGUCGAAAAGUGGUGUUUGAUUUGACCGGUUCUGUCGGUAAAGUAGUCUUUCAAUUUAGUUAUGCCGCCGGUUGUAAUAAUGGUACUUCAGUUGAAGAUGGCCAAAUACCGGAAAUUAUAUUUUAUACAUAAAUUGUCCAUCAAUUACCACUAAAUAUAGAUUUGGUUGCAAUAAACAAACAACAAAUGUUUUAAAGAGUCUUAUUAUUAAUUCC